GCUUUUCUGUCUGCUUUUUGUGUUUUGAGUGUGCUGACGCGAACUGAGAAUACCGACGGGGGUGCGUGACCGGUUCGAGAAACAGUAUUACUUGUUGUCGUUAUUCGGCACAGAGUUCAACAGCACACAACUGCUGGGGCUGGUGGGAGCUGUGCGAACCGGCAAUGAAGCUGUCAGCCGCCGCGUUGUCUUCUACUCAGAAGUUUUACAGCACGGUGGCUUCAAGGCCGUGUAAAACAGUGGACAGGAUACUGAGAGUGGAUCAUGCUGGAGAGCUGGGGGCGGACAGAAUCUAUGCUGGACAGAUGGCUGUGUUAGGUAACACCAGCAUUGGAAAAACCAUCCAGCACAUGUGGGACCAGGAAAAGGAGCACAAGGCAAAGCUGCAGGAACUGAUCCCCAAAUACCGGGCCAGGCCAACAGCGUUGUUACCACUGUGGCACGUGGCUGGAUACGCGCUUGGAGCAGGCACGGCGCUGCUGGGCAAGGAGGCAGCCAUGGCGUGCACGGUGGCUGUGGAGGCGGUCAUCACCGACCACUACAACAGCCAGAUCCGGGAGCUCAGCCGGCUGCAGGCCGAGACGGGCCAGGACCACACCGAGCUGCUGCAGAUCAUAUCCAAGUUCCGGGAUGAGGAGAUGGAGCACCACGACACCGGUCUGGCGCAUGACGCCGAGCAGGCGCCCGCCUACCAGCUGCUCUCGCAGGUGAUCAAGGCCGGCUGCCUGGGAGCCAUCUGGGCUUCGGAGAGGAUCUGACCGCUGCUGACGUCACAGGAGCCACGGCCCGACGGAGCUCCUGUGACAUCAGCCGCUCCAGUGCCGAGCGGCUGGCUUAUCGUGUGCUGCACUACUUGAGCUAGGAGAUCACGUUGUAUGUUUGGUUGGCUGAUUGAUUGUUGUAUGCUAUGAGAUUCUCGAUGUGUUUUGAAAUAAAACAAAAUGAGGUG